UAACUUCAACAGUGAGUCUACUGGUAACGUUCUAGUAAGCUCAUAACUAUCAACAAACACCAUGUUUCUUCCGAUUGUCCUGGCGACGGUCUGCCUUGCCAGCAGCACGGUCUUGGCUGCAUAUGACAAGCCAUUCUACGACGUGGAAGACGCUGAGAACUUGUUCAAGGACUUUGUCCAAGAGCACAAGAAAGUAUACCACCGAAGGGAGUAUUAUGAAAGGCUUGGGAUUUUCAAGAAAACCUUGAAAGAUGUAAAUGAGCGAAAUGCCGAGUUUCCUGAUACCGUGUUUGAAGUGAACCACUUUGCUGAUUUAUAUCCUCAUGAGCUAGAGCAAUACAAUGGUUUCAAACUUCCGGAGAAUAUAGCGAGUGUAAAACUUCCCGAUGGGCCGAUUCCUACGGAGGCCCAGUUUGACUGGCGGGACAAACAUGCUGUUUCGCACGUUAAGAGCCAAGGACAGUGCGGUAGUUGCUAUAUCUUCAGCGCUGUAGGUGAUAUUGAAGGGCAGUACGCCAUCAAACACAAGCAAUGCCUAGCCUUGAGCGAAGGACAGGCCCUUGACUGCCUUGACCAUGGAAGUUGCAAUGGAGGAUGGAUGCACGAAGUUAUGCAGGAACUAGCUCAAAAAAAGGAAAAGUUGGAAAAGGAGUCAGACUAUCCCUAUAAAGAUAAAAAAAGAGAUUGUAAAGAAGACGCCAGUAAGGGUAUUGUGCUGGUAAAAAAUGGCACUAAGCUCACUAUCGCCGACGAGGAGGAGUUGAAGAACAAAUUGGUAAACUUAGGACCUUUAGCAGUCGCUCUAAACGCCGAUGACUUUUUCCAUUACGAGAAAGGUAUACUAGAACCUCGUGACUGCAAAAAUCAACCACCUAACCAUGGCGUGGUCCUGAUCGGGUAUGGAGAAGAAAAAGGCAAGAAGUUCUGGAUUAUUAAAAACUCGUGGGGAACGGGUUGGGGUGAAAAAGGCUACGUGAGGCUGUUACGAGGAGUCGACGCUUGCGGCAUGGGCACCAGCUACACCGCGCACUCCGAAGUGGUUUAGGCUCUCUUUAUCAUCGCUUUAUUAAAAGGGCACUAGCUACGGCACCUUAUCUUCACCCGUUAAAUUUACCGUGCAUUCCUGGAUUGCAUGUCGCACAUAAGUCGCUUCACUUACCAUAACUUUAACGUUAAUGAUGUCAUCAUUACCUUAAUCAAUGCAUCUCAUUAAUCAAAAUUUUACUUUUGGCUUAAAUUUUAUAAAUUUCUUAAUAUUUGGACACUAAAAUAAAAUUGUUACAUAUGUUUGAA